AUGAGUCUCUUGUUUGUCCUAAGCAGUUAAACUGAGCUCUGUUCUUCAGAAAAAUCCUCCAGCUCCUGCAGAUUCAUCAGUUUUCAAGCAUUUUUGCGUAUUUGAACCCUUUCGUACUUACAAAGAAACUUUUCUUGACAUCAAAAAUUCCUGCUGAAACCCCAAAAAAGAAAAAGAGACGUGCACGAGCAGUAAGUAUAAGGCGCGUCCUCGUUUUCGUGUAUGUUUUAGCUACAGCAAGAUUACAUUUAAUCACUGCAUGCAAUUAGCAUAUGUACAAAACGAGAACUGUAAGAAAUGCCGUUUUUUUAUUAUUAUGGUUACUUAAUUUGCCAUGUAUCAAGUUGUGGUUUCCUGUUCACGAAUAAAAUCAAAACAGACAAAUAGAGGCGGAAUGGUAAAUAAAUAAAUAAAUAAAUUGCCCAUUCGCUGUCUACUUCCUGGUGUUCAUCUCAUAAGAGCUGCUAGCGGAUAGCGAUGUUUACGGUCGGAGCUGACACUGGGAAUAAUACAUCGUUUGCGCUCUCACGCAGAUUUGACGGAUGUGUGUUUUGUUUUUAUUGAGACGCGUAUCCGAGAAGAUAUUUUCACAAUGAUAGGAUGAAGCGAUCAGUGUCAGAUCAGGUGAACACGCUAUCUCGGUCAGAUUACUAUCCUUUUAUCUGCUGAGACGAGCCUGUUAACAUUGCAUCCCAAAGCUAGGCUGAUAUUUCCGAAAACAAAAGAGGAUAUCAAAUUGUUUUCAUUUUAUUCGGUGUUAUUCUUACAGUAUUGUUCAUAUCGUGGAAGAUAACAAGAUCACUGAUGGCGUCAAAAUCUAGGGUCUCCAUUCUGGAUUACUUCAAUAUCGUCUGUGAGGGAGAAAAUGGCAAAAUUGAAUCAAACUGCAAAGCUUGUGGCACAAGGAUUCAGGCUAAACGGACAGUUACUUCUAACUUUGUUACACAUUUAAAGCGCAAACAUCAGGCCAUGUAUGAUGAGUUUGUGAGGAAGAAAGAUGUGAAAAGGGAGGCAAUGCAGAAUUGCACUGGCCCACCAAGUGGUCGAGUGAUUUCUCAAAGCAGUCCUGGGAUGAACAAGUUUGACUACAGUGACCCUCGCCAAUCCCUCAUCUCAGAAGCCAUCGCCAAGAUGAUCAUCCGAGACCUGCAGCCGACACAGAUAGUUGAAUAUGAGGGCUUCCGUGAGCUUCUUCAGCUCCUGGAGCCCCGUUACAUACCGGUACCAUGCCAUUACAUACAACAGCAGCUCCUUCCAGCCUAUGUCUCCCAAGUUCAACUAGCUGCCAAACAGGCUCUAAAAGGAGCGGAGUCCUGUAGUGUGACCCUUGACCUGUGGAGAAGUAGCUCUGUGGGUAACAGCUGUGGUGCUGGGUAUCUUGGAGUGACUUGCCACUUCAUAAACGCAGACUGGCACAUUAGAUCUGCUCUUUUGGCAUGCUUACCCCUUACAGACCACAGCAACACUCAGCAAAUGCUCAGCGAGUUUGAUGAGAUCUCUGAAUCACAUGGCGUGUCUGGAAAAGUGUUCAGAGUCGUCGCUGACCUGUCGCCUUGUGAAAACAGAUCUCCUUUUCGUCUUCCUGGGUUCAGUCUCUUUGGAAAUGAUGAAGAAGAUGAGGAAGGGGAGGAAGAUUGCAGCGAUGAAGAGCCUGGAGCAGGAGAAGCCAAAGAAGACAUUAGUAGCAAUGAGAACCGAAAGUCUUUAGAUCAGUGUCUUGGUCGAAGUAGGAUAGACUGUUUUGCUCGAUUACUAGCUCACUGUGUUAAGGAAGGAGUUUGCGCUUCCCCUCAGAUAUCACUUCCUCUAAACAAAGCAGCCCACCUCUAUAACUACGUAAUUGCUACAGUGGCUCCUGAAAAACUUGUCCAAGUGUUUGGCUCCAAUACCUCAACAAAUUGGCAAAGACCCUCUUCUAUGGAUAAGUGGAACGAUCAGUUAAAGAUAUUGCGCCAAAUGGUGGAGUCAAUGGAUUUUCUUGAAGACAUCGUAGAUAGAAAUGACCUAGUUCUCGGUAACUUAGAAAAAGCGGUGCUGCGGGAGCUGGUUGAAGUGUUGGAGCCUUUCGAAGAGGCCUCAGACAUGGUACAAGGAGACAAGCACGUGUCCAUCAGCCUAGCCCUACCCUGUGUGUUGGGUCUCCGCAAGCAUCUGGCUGAGGUUGUAACUCACCAGUGCUCUGGGAUCGUGAUGGGAUUGUCUCAAGCUCUGGACCGCAGACUGGCAGGCAUUCUUGAGGACCCUCUUUAUGUAACAGCCACCACCCUGGACCCACAGUUCAAGUUGUCCUGGAGCAGUGACAGCGACUGGCACAAACAGGUGCUGCUGGAAGAGGUUGGCAAGCAUACUCAGCCUUUGAGUCCACUAGAACAUCAUUCAGAGGCCCAGCCGUCACCGUCCAAGCGCUGCAAGCUGUUUUCUUUCAUUAAGCAGCGGCCGACCGCCCAGGCCAAGACAGUGGAGCAGGAGCUGUCUACAUAUCUCCAUGAAGAACCCACAGAUGAGGAUCCACUACAAUACUGGAAACGCAAGUCCAUCGAUUUCCCAUUGCUCUCACAAGUAGCCAAGAAAGUUUUUACCGUGCCAGCAACAACCACAUCAGUGGACCAGAUAUUUAACCUGGUUAGCAAGACUCUCAGGCCAGAACAAUGCCGAUUUCUGCCAAAAAACUUGGACACUUUGAUUUACUUGAAGGCUAACUAUAGGAUACUUUGGUCAUAACUGCAAAGAGAGCUUUACAGAAUUUUCUUUGUACUGAUAUCAAACCAAACACCUCAAAUGCAAAAUGGGGAUUGUGCCUGAUAUGUAUCUCUCAAUAAAUACUGUAGAAUUACCCCAAAGCAAAACAAAAUACUUUUGUCAGAAAAUAUUUCCCUUUUUUAAAUAAUGUACAAAAGGCUAGACUUAAAUGAUAUAAAAUUAACUAUUAUAUAGUGUUAACUUAUUAUGACUUUACUCAUUAUCAGAUGCUGGUUGCCUUUUUGCAGACUUUUAAAAUAUUAUGUUCUGUGUACUCACUUUCACUCCCCAAAAAUGCAACAGGAUUAGAUAAGUACAGUGCACACUUGAUUAACUGAUAAAUAUUUCCAUAAUUCUCCUUCCAUCAGCAUGUUAUACCCCAGAACCACAGAAAAGCUAUUCUUGCAGCCAAAUGCUUUCUCAGAACACCUGUAAGAAAAACAAUGUUUCAUUUCCAGCAAAACAUUAUUAAAUAUUUAGUGUAUAAUAGUUAGCUUUAUAUUCAUUUAAGGAAAGAAUUGGUCAAACAGAGUUACAAUCUAGCUGACAAGCUUUUUGUGGGGUUUCUUUGGGUACAAAACCAACCCAUUAGAAAGCUGCAGGCAGGUUCUGUAAUUGGAAAUAAUUAUAUUUCAGGAAUAAUGGAAACUGGAGAACAUUGAUGGUGGACUGUAGUCUCUCCUUGCUUUGGAGAGAAAUCAAGCCUGUGGGAUAUCAAGAAGAGUUGGUGUGCAUUUAAGACCUUUUGUGUGAAAAAGACUUUUCCAUUUCAGUAAAAAGUGUUUUAUCAAACCUGA